AAAAAUUGUUUUUUCUUGAGAAAACAUUGAAAUAGUUCAAUCACCAUUCUUUAGUUCAUUGGUUCAAGUUCCAGUCAAGCGAAUUCAGUGAAUUCAAAACUCAAAUCCGAAUCAAAAUUUGGAAGUGAGAUUCGCGAUGGAGAGGCUUCAGCGAAUGUUCGCGGGUGCAGGUGGAGCGCUAGGUCACCCUCCCCCAGAUUCCCCAACUCUCGAUUCCUCCGAGCAGGUCUACAUCUCCUCUCUCGCGCUCCUCAAAAUGCUCAAGCACGGGAGGGCCGGGGUUCCCAUGGAGGUGAUGGGUUUGAUGCUGGGAGAGUUCGUGGACGAGUACACCGUUCGUGUCGUUGAUGUCUUCGCAAUGCCGCAGAGUGGCACUGGUGUUAGUGUUGAAGCCGUUGAUCAUGUUUUUCAGACUAAUAUGCUUGAUAUGCUCAAGCAAACUGGACGACCAGAGAUGGUUGUCGGCUGGUACCAUUCGCAUCCUGGUUUUGGCUGUUGGCUCUCUGGUGUUGACAUCAAUACGCAACAGAGUUUUGAGGCUUUGAAUCAGCGUGCAGUGGCUGUGGUUGUAGAUCCAAUACAAAGUGUUAAAGGCAAAGUGGUGAUUGAUGCUUUUCGAUUGAUCAAUCCACAGACUAUGAUGCUUGGUCAAGAACCAAGGCAGACAACAUCCAAUCUGGGACAUCUGAAUAAACCAUCCAUUCAAGCAUUGAUCCAUGGGUUGAACCGGCAUUACUACUCCAUAGCCAUUAACUACAGGAAAAAUGAACUUGAAGAGAAGAUGUUGCUUAAUCUCCACAAGAAGAAAUGGACUGAUGGUUUGACACUUAGACAUUUUGAUACACAUUCCAAAACUAAUGAACAGACUGUACAGGAAAUGCUGAGCUUAGCUAUCAAAUAUAACAAGGCUGUUCAAGAGGAAGAUGAGCUGCCUCCAGAAAAGCUUGCAAUAGCUAAUGUGGGAAGACAGGAUGCAAAGAAGCACCUUGAAGAGCACGUCUCAAAUUUGAUGUCUUCCAACAUCGUUCAAACUCUCGGAAUGAUGCUUGAUACUGUUGUCUUCUAGAGUUGUUAUUUUGGACCUUCUGGUUUCUCUAGCAUGGUACCACUUGAUUUCCCAAUGCAUUUGCAGGGCUUCGCCAGGAAAGAGCCAAGGUUUAUAGUCUCCAAGCUUGGCUGCCAAAUGCAAAGCACUGUUUCCUUCGUUAUCCACACUCCCGAAUAUACUCUCCUUCAGAUUUUUCUUCUUGAGCAAUAAGUCAUAUAAGUAGGUUUGCCUGUUCUCCACUGCCAAUAACACUAUAUUUUUCUUAUUCGCAUCCAUAUCAUGAACAGCUACAGGAAACGACUCCAUGAUUUUCUCUACCAUUUCUGUCACUCCGUUCUUUGCAGCUAUUAAUAUCGGUGUCUCACGCACCUUUUCUUCCA